CGAGCUGCUAAAUUCUAACUGCCGAUCACUAAUCAACAAAGUGGACUAUCUGCGAUUCCGACUAAGCCAAAAUAUGUAUCAUAAUUGUGGUGUCAUCACAAUUCAAGAAUCUUGGUUAAAUGAUUUACAGGACGACUGCCUAGUAUCACUACGUGAUUUCAAAAUUUAUCGUCAGGAUGGAUCGAACAAUAGAAAAAGGUGUGGCGGCGGUGUACCUACGUUUGUAAAUGUGGACUCGUGUCGAUAUUCGUUUGCGUGUUUCAAGUUUUCAGAUGACUUUAUCGACUGUCUAACUCUAAGGUGUCCAAAACACCUAAAUAAAUACAAAUAUAUUUAUGUUACCAAUGUUUACGUAACUCCAGACUGCAUAUCAUCUGCGCUAUCUGUUUUCUCUGAUGAAUUCACUGAGUUCGCUCUUACUGCCUUCAGUGAUUCACUUUCAGUUGUAUAUGGUGAUUUCAAUUCAUGUGACUGUAGCUUCCUUACAUCACUAGGUCACCAAAAUGUAGUAGAUUUUUCUACCCGUUUGGAUGCUCAUUUAGACUUCGUCUUCAUUAAUGAUGUGGGUAUAUAUGCGACUCGUAAACGCUCUCCAUUGUCUAGCUCGGAUCACUGUAUAAUUCAUGUUCUUCCCAAAGUAUAUGGAAGGCAUGGGAGGAGUACACUCUUACAUCAAACCAAGAAAGUCAAAUAUAGAAAUUACUCAGAAGGAAAUAUCCGAAAUCUGAAAAACAUGUUUCAUACGACUAAUUGGGAAUUAUUUACAGAUGACUCACUGGAAAUCACUACUGAUGUUAUCACUUGUUACCUUAAAUUCUGUUUUGAUAUCUGUUGUCCCACUGAAACCACUUUUGUAGGUUUUGAUCGACUUACAUCUUCACAACUAAAACGACUACGGAGGGUGAAAGAAAAAAAGUGCAAGGAGAAAAACUCUAAUGAAGUUCGUAAGCUAAAUGGUCUGAUAAACCUAGAGAUUAGACGUCUCAACUCUAUGUUUACUCAAGAACUCUCCAAGUAUAUGGAAACUCUUUAAAAAACUUAUAGGUGACAGACAGAUUAGGAGCGAUAACCAGCUGAAUGUUUGUGACAUAAAUAAGUCUUUUGUGCGUCAGUCAUCUGAUGUAAUGCUCCCUUCAUCCACAGGUUUAAAGAAUAGCUGUGUUCCUAUUUUCACUGAAACUGAUGUCCGAAGAUGUCUCCAGUCACUUAAUUCAUCCCAAUGUUUAAGACUUGAUGGUAUCGUAAAC